CUGACGUCCACCUUGAGGGUUCGUUUUAUUUUUUAUUUAGAAACCCGGUACAAACGAAAGUAAACAUCAAAUAUUUGUUUAUUACCACUAUCACUAUCAGCACCGCGGCAGUGAGGCGUGUCCCGCACUUUCCAGUCCACCACGAAUGAAAUGUCCGCAUUGCGCCGCCUGUGUUUUGUGGGGUUAUUAACUGCGGUCCUGGCCUCAGCAGCCCCCUCGCGAACCAUCAUCGACGACCCCGCGUGCGCGGAAGUCAAAGUCAUUUGUAACAACUUGAGCGAAAACGACGACAUCCUAAUCCUCGAGUGCCUGCAGUCGCUGAACCCGACCAGACUCACUGGGUUGAAGCUAGAGUGCCAGCAUGUGAUCUGGAAUCACACCAGCAGCCUGAUUAGUAACAGCAAAGUGCGGGAUUUUUUGAACCGUUAUUGCCCUAGCACGUUACUGGGGGAUUUGAACUGUGAUUCUUCGAGCGAGGGCGAAUAUCUCAAAUGUGUAGUGAAUAGCAAGGACCGGAUUGACGAUAGUACGUGUAAUAGCGUGAUCGGGCGGCUGGUGAACGUCGCGUUUCAGGAUUUCCGCUGGAUUUCGAGCUUUUUGGAUCAUUGUAAGUUGGACAUCGACCAGUUGCACUGUGGGAGGAUAGACCCGUCGUCGUGGAACCAAUUCGAGACCAUCAAGUGCCUGCAAAACAACAUUUUAAACGUACAGGAUGACUGCAGGAGAGAGGUGUUUAAAUUGUCGGAGCUGCAAGCCGAAAAUAUCAAGACUGACAGACAGCUGUAUAUGGCGUGCGUGGAGGACCACAGACGGUACUGUCAGCAGUUCCCGGCCGGUAGCGGCCGAGUUUUCACUUGUUUGAUGGAGCAGCCGCAGGAGCGGAUCACCACCGAGUGCCACAAACAACUGCUAAAAAGACAGAAGUUGAUUUCACAAGACUACAGAAUCAGUAAAGGUUUGAUGAAAGCGUGCCGCGAUGAUAUAAAAAAGACGCACUGCAAGAAACAAACGUCAAGCGAUAAGAUCAUCCGGUUGGCCCAAGUUCUCCUGUGUUUAGAAAACAUGUCUAAAAACGGGACGAAAAUCGAGCCAGGUUGUGAAGCCGAGUUGGUAGAGCACAGGAGGAUGUUGAUGGAGGAUUUUAGUUUGUCGCCGGAAAUCGUCGAUGGGUGCAGCGAGGAAAUCCGGACGUAUUGUGCCGGGUUCGAGACCGGUGGAAAAACCAUCCAUUGCCUGAUGGACCACGCCAGGUUCAAAAACGUGAAUAAGCGACUCAGGGAUACUUGCUUAAGAGCGCUGGAGACUCUGAUCAAGGAAACCGACGCUGGGGAGGACUGGCGCGUCGACCCGGUGCUCCACCAAGCGUGUUACCCGGUGGUCAAGUCGGUGUGUCGGGACGUGAAAGGGGGCGACGCUCGCGUCAUGUCGUGUUUGAUGGAUAACAUCGGCGCCGAUCACAUGACUGAGGAAUGCGAAGACGCCCUAAUCCAAAUCCAGUACUUCAUAGGGCGCGACUUCAAGCUUGACCCGAAGUUGUAUAGGUCGUGCCGCGACGACGCUAUUAAGCACUGUCGCGCCAGUUCCAACUGGGAGGAGACGCAACCUUCGAACGACCCGCAAAUCCUCCCGUGUUUGUACCGCCACGCCUACCAAGAAGACGAGUCGUUGAAAAUCAAGCCUGCGUGUCUCCAGCAGAUACAAAGAGUGAUGCGGCAGCGCGCCAUCAGUGUAGACUUACAACCAGAAAUCGAGGAGGUGUGUCUAGACGAUUUAGCCCUCUUCUGCUUCGACAAGACCAAGCGUGGCGAAGAAAUGUUUUGUCUGCAGAAGCAGCUAGAACAACUCAAGGAGGACUGCAGAAAAGCGGUGGAACUAUUCACUGAAGCUGAAGCGCAGCACGCGGAGCUUAACCCCUACAUUAUGCAGAACUGUAGAAAAGAAAUGGAGACGCUAUGCAGCGCCGAAUUAAAGAACGACGAAGGAGACAUCAUGGAGUGUUUGAUAAGUCACAAGAACGACCCAGUGGUUAAAGCUAAUCAAGCGUGCCGGGUCAGUAUAGAGCACUUCCAGAUCAUCUCAAUCAAAGACUACAGGUUCACGUAUAAGUUUAAAAUGACGUGCAAAAGCUUCGCCAUGCGGUUUUGCAAAAAAGCGAAGACUAAGAGCGAAGUCGUGACUUGUUUGAGCGAGAAAGUCACUAAUGAUACGGUGAGCGGGAUGAAGAGCGCUAUAUCGAAAGAGUGUCGACAACAACUGAAAGCGCAGCUCUUACAACAAAGAGAAAAUAUAGAUUUUGACCCCACGUUGAAACGUGUUUGUUCACCCGACAUCACCAAGUAUUGUCCACACGUGGAGCAAGGCAAUGCGCAAGUUCUCGAGUGUCUGCAAACCGUGCGCGACAAAUUGUCGCCACUCUGCGAACAAGAAGUCUUCAAGGUUAAGCGACAAGAAGUCUACGACAAUUCCAUCGAUUACGCGUUGAUUACGAUGUGCGCAGACGCAAUCGAGCAGUUCUGCGCACACCACGAUAGGGAAACGAUCCUGGAUUGUUUGAAGGUUAACAAAGACCAGAAAGGUUUCAGCAAAAAGUGUAGGUCCAUAGUUAUACACAGGAUGAUCGAGCAAAACUCGAAUUAUCAACUGAAUCCAUCGUUACAAGAAAAUUGUAAGAUGGAUAUAAACAAGUUUUGUUCGAACGUCAUCAAUACUAAUCACGGGAAGGACUUGAACGAAGCGGUGUUCAAGUGUCUCAAGGGUUCGUUUAAAAAAGGGGUACUUUCGCACAAGUGCGAGAACGAAAUGGUGUCAAUGUUAAGAGAACAGGCGUUGGACGUCAGUUUAAACCCUCUGAUACGAGUCGUUUGUAAAAACGAGCUGGAGACGAUUUGUAAACUGAGCGACGAAGACUCAGGCAAGACCGAAGAGUGUUUGAAGAACGCUCUCCUCGAAAAUCGAAUAAUGACGCCAGUGUGUAAAGUCGAAGUCGCGAAUAUGAUUGAGGAAUCUCAGGCGGAUAUUCACGUCGAUCCGUUGCUGCAGCAAGUGUGCGCUUUGGAUUUACUCAAGUUUUGUAAAGACGUGCCUCAAGGGAACGGCAGACAUAUAAAGUGUCUGAGAAUCUCCAUGGACAACCACCAACUGUCGCCCGAGUGCGGCGAAAUGCUAACCAAAAGACUGAGGAUGUACGAGAACGCGGCUCUGGUGGCGCCUCCACCCGGCGACUUCCACGAGCUCUACCACCAAGUGGUGGCGUCGCCCGCCAAACACUACUUCUUUCUGAUGUUUUUGAUGAUGUUCGGGUCGAUUUUCGUGGUGGGGAUACUGUUCGGACGGGCCUUCAGGAGACAGAUGACUCUUAAAAAUAAAUGAUCGUCGAGGAGGGUUUAGGCUAAGUUAGGUUGUAACAAAUUGACUUGUGAUAAAAUAUUUUCAAAGAUGAAUACAGAUUUUAUUGUCUUUGCAAGGCCAAAAUGUAUUAUAUUGUUUAAAUUUAUAAAUUUGAGUGUCACGAGAAUUGUACAUAUUGUGGAGUCAUUUGCCAUUUUAGUUAGCUAGGAUAAGAGAGAUACACUAUGUCAUCUAGUGCUUUCUAAAUUGUUUAUACAUAAAAAGGUUUUAAUAAUAAAGUGUAAGAAAUUUUGGA